AUGUACCUUCAUGAUGGUCGUUGCCUUCAACUAAUCCAGGUAGUUACAAUUACCUGUAAGUAUGAAAGGUUGGUGAACUUAUGCUUUUAUUGUGGAAAAGUGGGUCAUAUAAAGAAAGGGUGUGGGCAAAGAGUGGAUGACAUAGAGAGGCAAACACUGAAAGAAGGCCAAUAUGGAGAAUGGUUGCGAGCAUCAGAAGGGUUGCAAGGUCAAGGGUGGAAAAAUAGCAGCUCAUCCUCGGGCCAUACUAAAGAACCAGACUUUGCUCCUAGCAAUGGUCAUACUCAAGAGGAAGAGAUAGCAAGAUGUAACACAUUCUCACUGAGGGUGGCGGUUACCUCUGCUCAAAAGGAAAACCAUGUGCAAAGGGUUGAUACUAGUUCAUCUCAGAUGGGGGAAGGAUCUUUCCAAGGGGUGGAGGAUAGUGAGUUAGUGGUUUUUGAAGUUGUCCACAACCAUUGCCAUAUGGAGAAAAUUAGGAAAGAUACCACUGAGGUGGAUGCUAUGGCACUGGAUUAA